AUGGCUCCGAAAACUAGUUCUUCGCUUGCCAUUUUCCUCUUACUCAAUAUUCUCUUCUUUGCACAUGUCUCUGCACGCGUGAAGUGUCCCCCGAAACCACCAAGCCCGCAUAAGCCCAAGCCCCCGAGUCCACAUAAACCAAAGCCCCCGAGCCCGCAUAAACCAAAUCCCCCAAAACCACCAAAACCCGAUCCUUCAGUUUCAUCGUGCCCUCGUGACUCACUUAAACUAGGAGUAUGUUCGAGUGUGCUAGAUGGAAAGUUUAACUUCUCAACGGGAGCGCAAAAGACACCUUGCUGCUCUUUCUUCGAAGGACUAGCUUCUUUUGACGCUGCAGUCUGCCUCUGCACUGCCCUUAAAGCAAACGUUUGUGGCAUUAAUAUCAACAUUCCAGUCUCAUUUACCUUCCUUUUCAAUUUUUGCUCAAAGAAAGCCCCAAGCGAUUUCCUAUGUCUGCCUGACAAUUAA